AGGUCAUUCGGUAACGCUUUACAACAACAACAACAACAACAACAACAGCAGCAGCAACAACAACAAUCUCAAUCUCAAUCACAACAGCAACAACAAUCUCAACAAUCGCAUCAACAACAACAACUUCACAUACAAAUGCAGCAAAAAUUGCAACAACAACAGCAACUUAUUCAACAACUUAAACAAAAGCAAAAACAAACGCAAUCAGAUAAUUCUUCACCAUUUCGUCUUCCGUCUUGGAGUACAUCUGUAGCUUCAGAGGGUUCUCAACGUCGACGUUUAGAUGGAAAUAGGGAUUCCGAUGAUGGUAUUAGUGGAAGCAUGGCAUUAUAUGAUUCUAGUAAUGAUGAUAUCAUACCAUCACAACGUGAUACAGGGAAAUAUAAAGAGAAUAAGGACUUUGGGUUAAAAUUAGACAUUCGUGGUCUUCAAACACCAAUUUUAUCUGCCCCUCCUGGGUUAGAAGGUUAUCGUAGUCCAACGUCACCGAGAUCUGGAAGUAUAAUUACUUCUCCACCGCUUAAUGCUGAUAGAAAUAUUGAACAUUAUGGUCUUAUUUCUCCAACCUUAGCAAGCGUUAAUGCGAAUCAAAAUAUUUUAUUAAGAGAGGAUAUGUCAGGAAAUGCUAUGAGCAAUCAUUCAAUUGCUGAUUUAACAACUUCAUUGAACAAUAUUAGUAUAGGUAAUGCGAAUGGUAAUGACGUAGGUAAAGUGACAUCACCGGAUCUUUCUGCGGUUCAAGUAUCAGGAUCUUCAGUCCCCAAGCAAAAAUCCCAAUUAAGUUGGGCCGCUAUUGCCAAAACUGCCCCUAAACCACCUCCCGUAAAUACUUCACCAGAAGUACUUGGUACAGCAGUUGGAGCUUGUAGUGCUGCAAUUUCACCAUCAUCUGCAGUAUCACCAACUUCAACUUAUGCGUCUAGGCCGAUGUCUGCACCUACUGGUGCGUGGCCUGGUAAAGCAAAGAUUGUUGGAACACCUUCAGGUAAUGGUAUGAGCAACCUUUUUGUUACACCGAACGCAGGCCUUCCAACUCCAAAUGGUUUAGGUCCUCUCCCUAUUCCGACCACACCAGGGGUAAAGAAAGAUAUGUCAUCAUGGGUCUCGGCUAGGGGAUAUAACCCCAAGAUAUUUAACUGUAAACCAAAUCAUGCAAGAUAUUUUGUUAUUAAGUCAUAUACUGAAGAUGAUGUCCACAAAUCUUUAAAGUAUGAUAUUUGGGCAAGCACUGAAAUUGGAAAUCGACGCUUAGAUAAAGCCUUUCGUGAAAGUGCUGAUAAAGGACCGAUUUAUUUAUUCUUCAGUGUCAAUGCUAGUGGUCAUUUUUGUGGUAUGGCACAAAUGCUUACUCCUGUUGAUUACACCACCAGCAGUAGUGUUUGGGCUCAAGACAAAUGGAAAGGUGUUUUUAAAGUCAAAUGGAUUUUUGUAAAAGAUAUUCCUAAUGGUCAAUUAAGACACAUAAGAGUAGUAAACAACGAGAAUAAACCAGUUACUAAUAGUCGUGAUACUCAGGAAUUAUAUCCGGAACCUGGCCGUGAGAUGUUGAAGAUAUUUUACGAAUAUCGCAGUAAAACGUCAAUAUUGGAUGAUUUUGAGUUUUAUGAUAAGCGACAAGUUGAAAUGAGGAAAGACGGGAUUGCACCAUUAGUUGGACCAACAAGUCCAGGUGUGGUAACUACAAACCCUUAUGCUAAUUUGCCACCGCCAAUAACUGAAAGCAGUCCAAAUAACACGAACAUUAAUUUGAACGGUGGAAGUGGGAAUGAUAGCGCUGGUAGUCAAAAUGAAGAAUCAGAAUAAUUAAUGAAAAAAAAAAAGAAUAUCCAAGAACAGUUAUUAUUUGAAGGACUAUUAUUUGUUAUAAACAUUUUCUCUGAAUUACCUUAUCAUUUUUCACAAAAAUCAUGGACGAUGUAUUAACUUUCGUCUCUAAUAUGCAUUG